UGCUAACCUUUGAAGAGGUGGCUAAAUUAGAAGACUGAUAGCACUAGCAGCUAUCGGAGCAAAGCAUAGCUUGAUAUAUAGCAUGCUUGUUACGGAGAUAAGUCGCAGCUAAGCUAGCUAAUUUGUAUAGGGUCUAGUUUGGUUUUAUGGUCAGUCACUUCAGAGCUUGGCAAAUCGCCGUCUCGAUAACCGCUUGUUUCGACAGUUCAGAAAUGGAUUGCAAUGCUAAGUGUCUUAACUGUCAGAGCUCGCAGCUAACUGUGCUUUACACCAGGCUGGCAGGAGCUGUCACCAUCUCUUCCUUGUGGGUGGGGUCAAGACAUGUUUCAGUCUUGUAAUAUUUAUAAAUGUAUCCUCAGUUUGUACCCAGCAACAUUAACGUUCAUUUAACGCAACGGUCUUCAACGUUUUUAAGCCAAGGACCCCUUAACUGAAAGAGAGACAGAGCAGAGUGUGUGUCCUGUGACUCAGCUCUUGUGUAGCCAUGGAGAAGCCCUGGAGGUUGUGGGGGGCAGUGGAGCGUUGUACCCUGACUCUGGCCUCCUGGUCUUGGGGUGCAUGCCGAGUCUCCCUUUUGGCUCUCAUCCUCACCUUCCACCUGUAUGGCGGAUUCUUCCUCCUAGCUCUUAUCCUAGCCUCUGUGGCAGGCAUCCUCUACAAAUUUCAGGAUGUGCUCCUCUACUUCCCUGACCAGCCCUCCUCCUCUCGCCUUUAUGUUCCCAUGCCAACAGGAAUCCCUCAUGAAAAUGUGAACAUUCGCACCAAGGACGGUGUAAAGCUUAACCUCAUCCUGCUUCGCUACACAGGAGGCGACACACCUCCUGGAGUCACCCCUAGCAAUCAAAGCAGCCCCACUUCCUCUGCUCCACCUACAAUCCUAUAUUUCCAUGGUAAUGCAGGUAAUAUUGGUCACAGGGUGCCAAACGCCCUGCUCAUGCUGGUCAAUCUAAAAACCAACGUGGUGCUGGUGGACUACCGUGGCUAUGGAAAAAGUGAGGGUGAGCCCAGUGAGGAUGGGCUGUACCUGGAUGCAGAAGCCACGCUGGACUAUGUCAUGACCCGUCCUGAUCUGGACAAGACAAAGGUGGUACUAUUUGGCCGCUCACUGGGGGGUGCUGUGGCUGUGCGCUUAGCAUCAGUCAACCCUCACCGUGUAGCAGCCAUUAUUGUUGAAAACACCUUCCUCAGCAUCCCCCACAUGGCAGCGACACUCUUCUCCUUCUUGCCAAUGCGCCUGCUGCCUUUGUGGUGCUAUAGGAAUCAGUUCCUGUCCUAUCGACAGGUGGCGCUGUGCCGCAUGCCCUCGCUGUUUGUGUCUGGUCUGUCGGACCAGCUCAUCCCACCUGUCAUGAUGAAACAACUGUAUGAGCUGUCUCCUGCGCGGACUAAACGCCUGGCUAUCUUUCCAGAGGGCACACACAAUGACACAUGGCAGUGUCAAGGCUACUUUGCGGCUUUGGAGCAGUUUAUAAAAGACCUGCUGAAGAGCCACGCCCAUGAGGAGAGUGCCCAGCCCUCAUCUAGUGUCACCAUUAUCUGAAAUAAAAAGUCAUGGACUGAUUGUUGACUACAGGUUGUGGGCUGGAGGAAGUGAAGGCUGUCAUGGGAAACUGAUUGGAUGGACUUAAUUGAUUUUUUUUUUUUUUUUUUUUUUUAGAAAGAAUGUAAAAAAAAUAUAUAUAUAUAAAAAUGUUUUUCUCUGGGUUUCUAUUUUAUUUAACUCUUUCUACCUUUCUGUAAAUGUAACAUUUGUUCAAAUGAUUUGACUAUUUCAUGGUUUGAAGAGCGAGUAACAAUGCCCUUCUUUUGUUUUAGAGCUAUGAAUGCAUGUAUUUAUGACCUUAAAUGACUGAAGCCAAGAUCAUACAUGCCCACGCUGCAAUCACAAAAUAUUUACUGUAAUGGGUCAUUGGGUCUACAGAAAUUAAUUUAAAUCACUGAAACAAUUGCUCAUCACAUACUGACCAUAUGAGGACCUACAAUAUUACAGUGAAAACUGAUUACUACUGGAAUUCAAAUUAAACUUCUUCUGAUAUAGAAAAUGAGACACUGAUAAUAUCUAGGCCUAUACUGUAUAUAUCUUUGCUAAUACAUAUCAUUGCACUUUCUUUUGUUCAGAUUUACCCAAGUGUUGAGUUAUGUAUGCUAACCUCUUCUGAGCAAUACUUUGAGGAGAACAAGGAUGUGUUUUUUUCCUCUCCCUUUUUGGUGAGGAACAUGGUGAGUCCUUGCAGCAGCAUGACAUGACAUGAUUUUAAUAUUUAUAUAUACCCUUAAAAAUUGUGUCUGGCACAUAGCAUUAAACACUUGUCGAAUAAUUA